AUGGGUGAUUGUGAAACUGCUGUCCCAAUUACUCGAGCAGAUUUGGAUGCUCAAAACGUACGAAUCGACAAUUUAGCCAAUCAACUUGGGGAGAUGUGUGAGUUGUUGUUACAAGCUAUUGGUGGCAACAGUGGAAGAGAAGACAAAAAUAACAAUAGAAGAGAAGAUGGAGAUAACAAUAUAAGAGAAGACAGAGAAAACAACCAAGGAGGCAAUGCUGGAAGAAAUAAUAGGAGACAACAUGUUCCAGAGAGCGAGUCGGAGUCCGAAGAAGAACUUGUUGAACCACCACCGGUUAACAAUCCACAUCAUCGUAAUCACAACAAUUUUGGUGAUUAUCGGAUUAAAGCCGAAAUCCCUAAUUUUUGGGGAAACCUAAAAAUUGAAGAUUUCAUGGAUUGGUUGGUAGAAGUGGAGAGGUUCUUUGAAAUAAUGGAGGUCCGAGAGAACAAAAUGGUGAAGAUGGUCGCUUUCCGUCUGAAAGUUACAGCAGCUGUAUGGUGGGAUCAAUUGCAGAAUUCACGACAAAGGCAAAGAAAGCAACAGGUUCGUACGUGGCGAAAGAUGAAGCAGCUUAUGAUGGAUUGGUUCCUACCUACUGAUUAUGAACAAAUUCUGUACCGCAUGUACAUCGGUUGUACGCAAGGCAAUCGUUCGGUUUCUGAAUAUACCGAAGAGUUUAUGCGUCUAGCGGAGCGUAAUCAUUUGACCGAGACCGAAAACCAAAAGGAGGCGAUUAAUAUUGCGUUAAAGGCUGAGUUGUUGGAGAAGGAGAAACGCCAAACUAAUUAUCGCAGGAACACGAUGGAUCAUAAAGAAAAUGUUGCUACUUUUCCUAGUGACAAGGGGAAAACGUAG